GUGGGCUGAAUAAAGCCCCGCUUGGUUUUUCCUGACGGAUGAAACAUAAGAGAAGCACUGACAUUACCCGUCGAGCCUGCGUUUCAACCCAUGGGUGUGAGAUGACAUUGGGGAUACUUUAGCGGGACACUGAGCGCGGACGUCGUGCGUAGGAAAAUGCAUCUUUGGAUCGCUUGUGUUUUGCUGAGCGCCAUCUCUGUAUGUAGAGCAGGGAUGUCUGGUGAAGGGAUAUGUGAACAACUAUGUGCAUGUGACGAGAGAGAGGGGCUACUCACUGUGAGCUGUGAAAACAGAGGAAUUGGGAGCAUCGCUGAAAUAAACCCACUGAACUUCCCCCAGUAUCAUCUGCUGCUCACUGGGAAUUUUUUAAGAAAGCUCACCACCAACGACUUUUUUGAAUAUCGAGGACUCGCCAUAUUGCAUUUGGGAAAUAAUGAGAUAGCCGAGGUGGAAGGUGGAGCGUUUAAUGGACUUCAGGGAUUAAAACGAUUACAUCUGAACAAUAACAAAAUUGAUUGCUUGAAGGAGGAGAUGUUCUGGGGCCUUGAAAGUCUGGAGUAUCUGCAGCUUGAUUAUAAUUAUAUCACUCAAGUGGCGCCCAAUGCCCUCGGCCGACUUCGACACCUGGAGGUGUUGAUUCUGAAUGACAACUUGAUAUCCACUCUGCCUGUGAACAUCUUCCAGCAAGUCCCACUGACUCAUCUGGACUUGAGGGGAAAUCAGCUGAAAGUGCUCCCCUACUCGGGUCUGCUGGAGCACAUGAACAGCGUGGUGGAGCUGCAGCUGGAGGAAAACCCGUGGAACUGCUCCUGUGACCUGAUUGCCCUUAAAACAUGGCUGGAGAGCAUUUCAUACACGGCGUUGGUGGGCGAUGUCGUUUGCGAGUUCCCCUUCCGCCUCCACGGGAGGGAUCUCGACGAGGUCUCCAAGCAAGAGUUGUGUCCCAGAAGAGCCAUCGCGGAAUACGAGAUGCCACCGCAGCCACAUUUGAGCACGCCGGCCCUUGCUACGGCCUCCUUAACCUCAUCUGGCAUUGCGAGGUCCUCGUCGAGGCCCACCAAGGGACCUCGGCAGUCGGGUAAAUUAAAAUCGAGACCAACUUCUCGACUAGCGGCAAACAAACCUCAGAAUUAUGGCCAAAUUAUUUCAUAUCAAACAAAAUCUCCUGUGCCUUUGGACUGCCCGUCCACCUGCACUUGCAACCUUCAGAUUUCAGACCUCGGCCUCAACGUCAACUGCCAGGAGCGAAAGAUCGAGCACAUUUCCGAUUUAGAACCCAAACCUUACAACCCCAAAAAGAUGUAUCUCACUGGGAAUUAUAUCCCUGUGGUGCGGAGAACGGAUUUCAUUGAGGCAACCGGAUUAGAUUUGCUUCAUCUAGGCAACAAUCGCAUAGCUCAAAUCCAUGACAGAGCUUUUGGUGAUUUGACUCAUCUCAGGAGACUCUACCUUAAUGGGAAUUUGAUAGACCAUCUUACCGCGGAUAUCUUCUAUGGACUAGAGAGUCUGCAGUUCCUAUAUUUAGAAUACAACGUCAUUAAAGAAGUCACUGCAGACACAUUCCAGCAUGUCCCUAAACUACAGCUCCUGUUUUUAAACAACAACCUCUUGAAAACAUUACCGGUGGGAGCAUUUCGCAGCCUCACGUUGGCUCGGCUCAAUCUUCGCAGCAACCACCUGCGAUAUCUGCCGGUCAGCGGCGUGCUCGAUCAGCUGACAGCACUGGUGCAGGUGGAUUUGUACGAGAACCCCUGGGAUUGCUCGUGCAGCAUUCUCGACUUAAAGAUGUGGCUAGAGCAGCUCAGCACGGGCACGGUUGUCAACAAUGUCAUCUGUGGCUCGCCCAAGAGGCUCGCUGGGGAAGACAUGCGAUACAUCAAGACAGCUAAUUUCUGCCCUAAUAACUCGGCCAUACUGGCGUCCAUGAUCCCCCCCUCGGAGGAAUCCUUCCCUGGCAGCACCAUCACCAUAGAAACGUCACUGGACUCCGACACACAGUACGGUGCCAUCCCUUUAUCCGUGAUGAUUCUUGCCCUCCUGCUAAUGUUCAUUAUGUCCGUCUUCGUGGCUGCAGGACUGUUUGUAACAAUGAGAAAGAGACACCUAAAGAGUCAAAACGAGCAGAAUAACUCCAUGAAUGCUUGUAUUAGCUCCCUCAACAUGGAGUACGGACUGUACAAAAAGGGAUCCGUCCCAAAGGUCAGAACAUCAGCCGGACACGUGUAUGAGUAUAUUCCAUCCCCCUCGGAGCAAACGUGCAAAACUACAGGUCACGCUUCCGCCGACAGCAAAUCCGCCGAGGGAUUUCGGGACUUCGACGAGUUAAGCGGCGCCUUCCUGGGCAACUCGGAUGAAGAAACAGCGGGUAAUGUAAUAGGCUCGGAAUACAGCACCACCGCUUCGGAGCCUCUAAAUAAGCCCUCCUGCGUGAAACAAGAUGAUCCAUUGUACUACAGAGAAGUCCUCGAUCCCGAGCAGAAGCCCCGCUACAGCCAUACGCUACCUUGCAGGCAUGCGGCACGUCCAGCCAGUCAGUACGCAUCAGACUUUGAGGCAAGGCCACAGUACGUGCAUCCUGACAGAGUACAACAGACAGUACUGUACUGCACAACGCCAAGUACUGUUUAUGUGGAGCCAAACAGGAGCGAAUAUUGGGAACUGAAGGCAAAGCUUCACAUUGAUCCGGAUUACCUUGAGGUUCUUGAAAAAAGAACAACAUUUACACAGUUUUAAGUGACUCGAAUGGCUGACAAACACGUUGUUGAUUCAGGACUUUAUAGUUCAAGACAGAGGAAUCAUUCGACGGCAUCUUCAUUGGUACAACGGAUUAUGAGCUGCAGCCUGCAUUUGUGUAAUGCUCAAGCUUUGCAGCACUGAGUCAUAACUUUUGUUCGCAUCAAUAUGUCAGCUGAUCCAAUCAGAAGUACAUCUACUUGUAUUGAAAACACUUUGACAUCUGAACAAUGCAUAUGGACUAUAUAGUUUCGAGUCCCACGUGACUUUGUUGUUUUAAAUCGAACUGAUACUAUUGUCAUUUCUGGAUUUGAUGAAAUGUCAAAAAGUAGUAUUUUGUACGGGACAACAACAUAACCACAGAGAAACCCAUAAUUCUGCUUUUUUUUUUUUUUUUUGGUUUCCUUUUACAUUCCUCCAUAAUAAUCACAAAAAUGUAAGGUUUCAUAAAAAAAAAGUCAUUAGUAGAAAGACUGGCAACGUUGGGCAUUAUUUUUGCCAAUUAAUUUGUUAAUAUGCCCUAAACCUCGAGUCUAAGGUGUGAGACAAAGAGCCUCCUUCAGUGAACAUAAAAUGGCCCUCCCCGACUUUUACCACAGUGAAUCUAACAGCAAAAUGAUUCAUGACUGUGCACCGUGCAUACUGCUGUUUUUAUUGCAGUCUCAACAUGCGAUGAUAGUCCUUUUAAUAACAGCUUUCCUUAAAAUGAUUUCCUGGAGCAUACUCUGUGGAGUUUGCCGCUCGCUAGGAACGAUCAACUCAAUCCAUCCAUUCCGAACUUUGCUGAGUCGGUUCACAAAAAAAUAGUCUUAUUUUUCUCAAGCUGCAGGCGCCUCUCCUCUCGAGGCCCCGUGGCUUGCCCCAGAUGAGGCAGAAAAAAAACCUCAUAUUGUGAACACAUCGAUGUACUACUAUUGAUUUUGAAGUGAAAUAAAUCCUACUUUGAAAACUUAACCAAAACAGAUGCAAAAUGAUGUUUAAAAUCUUACAACUGUGGCAAUAUAUCGUCAAAUAUUUUCAGUGCAGCGUGUCCACCAUGUUUGUGGAGGAUUUUGCCGCAGGACUCACCAAUUUGUUUUUGUUUUUUAAUCAAGUUCUGUCAAAUGUACAGAGUCUUCCAAAUAAUGUUUACAUAAACUGAAAUAUGAAUAGCUGAGUAACUACAUAGCUUAGGCAAACAAACAAAAUUAAACAGGCCUCACGUUGAAAAACAAAGGAUAGAGAUUUUAGAACCGAUUUCAUUAAGCUUCACAAAAAGCAUUUUCCUUUUUACCUUCGUCUUUGAAUUUUUCUGUGCCAUGUCCAAAUCUGGUUUCCAGUUGAUGUAUGUUUUGUGAAUUUCCUUGAAAAUGCAUGUUGCACACACUUGUUUGACUGCGUUUGAGCAUAUUCUUACACGCACAAUUGCUUUUCUUUGCUCAUGAUUGUAUUUCUUUCCCCUGAAAAACUGUAAAACAAAAACUCAACCUAUAUAUUAAGCAUACAGUAAGUUUGAUAAAUUUGUUAGAUUUUACACAUCUUAAUAUUGGCUAUGUUAUUAGAUUACAAAGGUAUAUGUCUUUUUUUUUUUUUUUGGAACAACCUGUAUUAAAAGGGGAGUUAACUCUGUUAAAGUUGCUAGCAAGAUUUUAACGGAGCUUGACCUUCACUAAUCCUUCCCCUGUCGAGUCUCUGACCAAAACUAAGCCCUUGACUAACGUGCACGAGACGUGCACUGCAAACAAGCCGACGCUUGUCACUGUCGAAAGAACCAACCAAAUGAAACAUUUGUGCUGUUGGAUGUUGUUGCCCCAAACAGCAAUUCUUUGGGAUUAAGCAUUGCUUUGUUCUGUUCUUGUCAUGAUGGUCACAAAUUUGACACUGAUAUGAUGUAGAAAACUAAAGAGGAACAAACUGUAUUUUCUUUGAAUCGCCAUCACAUUUUGCUCUUUGCUGACUCCUGCUUGAAUCAAUAUAUAUAUAUAUAUAUAUAUUUUUAAUUUGAUUUUAUUUUUUUGCUAACACACGACUUACUAGUUUGCAUAUCACGCGGGAAAGCGAGAUCACUUGAGGGCUAAACGCUAGGAAUCCACUUUUGACAGGAUGACCUGAGAUGCAUGUUAAUGCUGCCUGAGCUGCGCCUUGAGUCAGUGCAAGUACCGCCGUAUGUACGUAAUGUUUAACAGUUGAAAUUAAAUGUGUAAAUAUGAACAAUCAAGCAGAAAGCCAGGCCCCUAAUGACUCAUCUUUUCAUAAUAGAUGCCCCGGAGCUAUUUCACUUGCAAUAAUGUGUGCUUUUUACUCUCAAAGCGGUUGCAUUUCAUUAGUGCAAAUCAGCCGUAAAGAUCACAUGUUCAAAUCCAAAAAUAAACCGGGUUGUUACCACAGAUAUUUACCACCAACACUUUUGUACAAAACUGAUAUUAAUUUGAAAAAGUGCUCAUUCAUUUUGACGCGCGUAGGUUUAAAGUGAGGUCCGGGGAAUGAGUCAUGUUGCUUAAAUCAGACACAUUUGGCAAGGUGAGGAACAUACAUUGGCUGAGGAAGAGCUCAGAAUAUCAUAUCGUGGCCUCUCUAGUUUGCAGAUUGCGACCCGAGAGAGAAUGUAAAAAUUAAAGGGAGCUGACCACUUGUUUAUAGGAUAAUCUCUCGGAAUCAGUGGUAUUCCCUCAAAGCUUCCCAUAAGGGAUUAAAGACAACUGCCGCACUUGUUUGGAAUUGGUUCAUACUGUAACUCUACUCUGCAAUGUUGUAAAGGAUUCUUAUCACAGCUAUAUUCAUAUGUGUGAAAAAUAAAUCUUUGCUAUCAAUACCUACGAAUCAUGUGUGGCACAAUCAUGUACGAGAAUAAACUUCCUGGCGUAUAUUAUGUUAUAUAUGCAGAUUUUGUCCUGUUACAUAUGUCCAGAUAAAACUACAGAAUUCUUAUGAUGCAAUACAACAAGUCAGAUUUUUCUUCAUAUAAUGAAACAUUUAAGGACUCAGCCAUAUAAAAGAUGUAUUUUUACAGCAAAAAAAAAAAUGUGUAUAUUAGUACAUACAUGCUUUUCCUCUUUUGAAAAGGCACUGCUGACUUGUGAGAGUCAAUAAAGAUGUCACUUCCUGAAUUGUGCAGUACAUUCGUUUGGGUUCAUACAGUACAGCCAUUAAGACAGUCGAAAGAGUAACCUUGGAUAUUCUGUACAAACUGCCAAGCAUUUUAUGAACGCCUACAAAAGAGUAUGAAGGCCACAGUGAUAAUGAAAUAAUGUGAUUAUAGAAUUCUCACCGCUUUUUCUCAAAGAUUACACUCCUGUUCAAGUAAUAUCAUGACUGUUCUCCAAACUUUAUUAUCGCAAUAUUGUGAUUAUUUUUCAAUACAUUCUCAUAUAACAUAUUUUCUUGUUAUAUUGCAAAUCUUAUUCUCAACAAAUUUUUUUCAAAUGUUAUCAUCCUGUUCAACUAAAAUCAGGACUUGACUCUCGUAACUUUAGGACUUUAUUUUCCCAAAACUUUUUCCCCCCCGUAAUAUUACACCUUUUUCUCAUAAAAUAUGAUAUUUAAUAUUUGGGGCCGUCAUUUUUACAAAUGUGUUCUUGUAACAUUUCAACGUGCUUCUCUGAACAUAAAAAAUUUUCCUUGAAAUAUUUAGAUAAGAAAUAUGACUUUAUUCUGGUAAUUUGAUCUGUUGUUUUUUUUUUUCUUCUGUCUUUCAUUUGAUUGGCCCUGAUACUCCUACGUAAUUAACCAUAUUAAGUCAAACGUGGCUAGUUAUUCUGAAGCUCUUCUGUGCAACAUUUUGGAUACGUCUUGUAAAACUGCAUAUAUUUUUUUUAUUGUUACCGGUGCAUAUUAAUUUUAAACUUGACGAUGUCUCAUCUCAACAGAAUUAAAAAAGCACAACAAAUACGAAUGAAGUUUCCGGAUAGAAAUGUGUCUUAAUAUGCAUCCAGUGUUCCAUGAAAGCAAAUUAUGCAGUCUAAUGUCUGGGUCAAUACUGUGUUACUGAGGAAAGUCUCUCUCCAUGAGACUUUAAUGCACACAGUAAAUGCACAUAAUUUGGAGUAAUAUGCACUGAACCUGUCACCUUAACUUAGCUCCCAUGGUUGGACUUAAUGCAUGUUAGUCACGUUGUUGAAUGCGCUAUUGGAUUGUUGACGUUUAAUGUGUUCGCAGUCAUGUGGUACAUUUUACCAGCUCUCGACUGAUCAAGCAAGGGAGCAAUUAUUCUUUUUUAAAAGUCCCUCAAAGUGUGUAAACCUAAAAAAAAAAUUUAAAAAAUUACAAAAAUAAUAAUUUGAAAAAAUCACCGAAUGAAUGGAAACUCACACUCCCUAUGUUAAUGUUGUUGGGAUUAUCACUCAAAAGCAACUCUGUGAACAGACAUGGUACCUCCUGUAUAGAAUGAAUAUUUUAUUCAUAUAUAUAUCUAUUGCAUUUUUGUAUGUAAUUAAAGACUAAAGCAUAUUUUAUUUUGUAACUUAGGACUGCUGGUCUGAAAAUAUGUUUGUGUGUAUAUACAGAAAAUACUACAAAGUAGUAUAAGGGCCACAGUAAACAAAAAAAGAAUCCAAUUAACAGGGGGAAAAAAAUUUAUCUAAGAGAAUAAAAUCGCAAUUUUGAACAGCAAAAUUCCCCCAAAAUAUUAUGACUUUAUUCUCCUGAAAUGAUCAUUUUUGGAAUACUGUAUUAAUAUUUUAUACAUAUUGUCAUGAGAAUGAAGUCAUAAUAUAACAAAAAUGUUAUUACAAGAAUAGUCCCAAUUUAAUGAUGUCAAAAUUCCUAUUUUUAUUCUCCUGAAAUUAUGACCUUUUUCCUGAAUUAUUACUUUAUAUAUUCUGCAUAUAGUUUAUUUUUCGUAAUGUUGUUAAGAGUAUGAAGGCAAAAAUGUAAUCUGACAAUAAAGUGACAAUUUUAACGACGUUAAAACUGGCCUACAAUAUUUAGUUCAAUGUCCCAAAAAUAGUUCUCUUGUUUUGUAUUAUUAUUACAUAAUUCUUGUAAUAUUGUUAUGAGAUUGAAGUAAUAUUAUGGGGGUGAAAAGUUGUAAUCUUCGGAGAAUAGUCAUUUUAAUGAUGUCAAACCUACUCCACAAUAUUUUGUUUAUUCUCUUUAAAUUAUAACUUUUCCCCCUUGUAUUAUUACUUUAUAUACACUUCACUGUUGUAAAAUUGUUAUGAGAAUAAAGUUGUAGAGAAAACGAUUUACUUUAGUAUUGUAAAACUGUGACCAUUUUGUCGGAAAAUCACAACUUCAUUCUCAUUUGUAUUCUUGAAGAACCUUUUUUUUUUUAUUGCAGUGUGGUCCUCAUACGCCUUCGUAAUAUGCAAAUAUCUGGUUAUAAAAGAACAAAUGGACUCUUAUUAAUUUAGUUCAUUUAUUUGGGUUAACAAAAGAAAUUCUCUGUCUUCGCUUUAUCUGUGCAGACUUGCAGGGACUGAAAUAUGAUUGCGGGCACAUGGUGAAACUUGGCAAGGGAAAUUUAUAUAGAGUAUAUGUGCUGCUGCUUUAGUUGCUAGUUAAUGAAUAAAAAAUAUAUGCAUUCA